CGGACCCGGGACCCCGGGACCCUCGCUUUUCCGCACAUCGGGUGCGGCGGACCCGCGGCUGAAUGGGACCUGGUUGUCCUCACCUGUGCAUUGGGAAAGGGCAGAGGCUCGGCUGGUUCCGCACUUCCGGUGCCAGGAGCUGCACUCCACUGGUUCAUUUUUUUAAAAGUUUUAUUUAUUUAUUUAGUUAGUUAGUUAGUUAAGAGGGAGAGAGAAUGAGCACCCCAAGGCCUCUAGCCACUGCAAACGAACCCCAGAUGCAUGCUCCACCUUGUGCUUUGUAGGUUUGUAUUUCCUCCUUGCUUUGUCUUGAAGACCGAGUGAUGCCAAAGAAAGCAAAGCCUGUGGAGAAUGGGAAGGAAGAGGGGGCUGUUGCCAGUAAGCAGGCAAAGGUGGAGGCAGCUGGUGGGCUUUCUGCCUUAAAUUUUGACAGCCCUGGUGGUCUCUUUGCAAGUUUAAUCUCACCCAUCAAGACAGAGACUUUUUUCAAGGAAUUCUGGGAACAAAAGCCCCUCCUAAUUCAGAGGGAUGACCCCGCACUGACCACUUACUACCAGUCCCUGUUCAGACUGACAGAUCUCAAGAGUCUGUGCAGCCAGGGCGUGUACUACGGGAGAGAUGUGAACGUCUGCCGGUGCGUCCUGGGGAAGAAGAAGGGGUUAAAUCGAGUCGGCAGAGUGCACUUCCUGCAGCUGAGGAAAGACUUCCAUCAGAAAAGGGCAACCAUCCAGUUUCACCAGCCUCAGAGGUUUAAGGAUGAGCUCUGGCGGAUCCAGGAGAAGCUGGAAUGUUACUUUGGCUCCUUGGUUGGCUCGAAUGUGUACAUGACUCCUGGAGGAGCUCAGGGCCUGCCUCCCCACUAUGAUGAUGUCGAGGUUUUCAUCCUGCAACUGGAGGGAGAGAAGCACUGGCGCCUCUACCCACCCACGGUGGCCCUGGCACGUGAGUACAGCGUGGAACCUGAGUCCCGGAUUGGUAUGCCAACCCAUGACUUCACGUUGAAGCCAGGGGAUUUGUUGUACUUCCCCCGAGGGACCAUUCACCAGGCGGUCACUCCUCCGGGGCUGGCCCAUUCUACUCAUGUGACCAUCAGCACCUACCAGAACAGCUCAUGGGGAGAUUUCCUUUUGGACUCCAUGCCGGGGCUUGUGUUUGACACUGCAAAGGAAGACAUGGCCUUGAGGUCUGGAAUACCCCUGCAGCUGCUCCUGCAGGUGGAAACUCCAACUGCUGCAAGAAGAAGAUUGAGUGGCUUUCUGAGGAGUCUUGCAGACAGGUUGGAGGGCACCAAGGAACUUUUGUCAUCGGACAUGAAGAAGGAUUUUGUUUUGCACAGACUGCCCCCUUACCACGUGGGAGAUGGAUCAGAGCUAUUGACACCAGGUGGAAAGUUACCAAGGCUGGAUAGCAUAGUGAGCCUGAAGUUUAAGGACCAUAUCAUCCUCACGGUGGGGCCAGAUCAGGAUCAGUCUGAUGAAGCUCAGGAGAAGAUGGUUUACAUUUAUCAUUCUCUUCAGAACAGAAGAGAGACACACAUGAUGGGGAAAGAGGAGGAAACCGAAACUCAUGGGCUUCGCUUCCCUUUAUCACACGUGGAAGCCUUGAAGCAAAUCUGGAAUAGUUCAGCUAUUUCUGUCAAAGACCUGAAACUGACCACAGAUGCGGAGAAGGAGAGCCUGGUGUUAUCCCUCUGGACAGAAUGCCUACUCCAAGUACUCUAGUGCCUCUUCAGAGGCAAAGAACUCUGACUUUAGAUGCACAUGGGUUUUCAAAGGGAAUAUUGAAGGCGUGGGCAACUCACGCUACUGCCAGUUAGUACGCUGGGUCUGGGAAAUGGUUACACAGAUGAGGCAAACAGAAGACAGAACUUACCUGAACUCAUGGACACGUGGAAGAAAAAACAGUAAAUUACUAGGUAUCCUAGAGCAUGUGACAAAACCAUACUUUUGGAAGUUUAUUUAAUCCAGUGUGGUAGAAAAGGCACAACUCCAGUACAUCAGGAAGAAUUAAAUGUCAUUAACCUGG